AUGGAAGGGCACCAACGCGACGAACAUGCUGGCCAAAACUGGCAAAACAGCAGGAUGUCAGUGAACGGAGCACGAUCCGCCGCGGGGCCUCGUAGGAGGAAUGAUGAAUCCUGGGUCGAAAUUUCGUCGCAGCCGUCUUCGUCAUCCCUCUCAUCCAUCGGCGAUGAGAUCGUUACUACCGGUCUCCGAGUCGGCGGGGCCAUGGCCGCCCGCCGACGUCGCUUACACCACCAACCGGUACCCCGAUCCUUCCACGUCGACCAGACAGCUAUCCACGCCGGAACAAGCAGCCAGGAAGAGUAUGAAGAGAGCGAGAGCGAAGAGGAUCGGUGCCUAACAAGCUCAACCGAAAAUGUCCAGCCUUCUAUGCGCGCACCGUUCCAGCAACAACAGCCGGCGCAGGUGGAGUCGGAGGAUUCUGACGACGGUGAUGAGAUCGCUACAGCUCUGGGACGUGUUACCGAUGAUCCUGUUUUCCGCCCUCACCCCAACGCAUUUUCUCACCCGCCAUCAGGCUUGCACCGGAGCCACUCGGCAAACUCGGCCGUUCAUCAACACCCGCACAGCAGCGUACGUCCUUCUCUAUCCCAUCGUUCUCAGACGAGGGUCCAUCGCGGCCCACCGAACUUUAUGUCGCCUGCAUAUCAAGCCGACAACGACGCGGCUCUCCGUGCUUCCCUUACCACCCUUCUCUCCUGCGCCGCCGCUGCCCGUGGCCUGCCUAAGUAUAAGGACACUGAGCAGCAAGGCGCACCAGCCCACACCGGCGUCGGACCUAGUUCUCAACCCGUAGAAUUGAGACUCAUGCCUGAGUCUGAACUCAUGCCGGAUAGGCCGCCUCAGCCUCAAGGCGCACCACAAGCCAAGGCACCUACUCGGUCACGGAAUGUCACAUCUUCUACUCCCUCAUCGCCCAAGAGUGAAGGGGUCGACAAGCACAAGAGGACUUCCUCUUCACAGACCCGCUCAUCGAGGGCAACAAAGAAGAAGAAAAUGACAGCCAGCGAAGACGCACUCAUCAGUCCCACAUUGUUGACUUGGGUCAUGAGCGCCGGCGUCGUUGUGUUGGUUUCUGUGGUUGGUUUCGGUGCAGGAUACGUGAUCGGCCGCGAAGUAGGACGCCAGGAAGCUCUCUCUGCAGCGGGAGUGGGCGUUAACGCUUCAACGGUAGCGGACUCUUCAUCGUGCGGCAGAGAAGUUAUUCGUUCUUCCGGCGGUGGUCUUCGUCGUCUCAGGUGGAGCACGGGGGUUGGCCGAAGCGUUGUGGCCUGA